AUGCGAUCUAAAUGGCUGGUUUCUCUCUUAUUACUCAUAAAUCUUGACCUGUUGGUCUUCGUUCCAACUUCCCCCCGGCGCUCAAUUGAGCUCUUCAUAGAACUCAUUGUCCUGAUAUUUGUCUUCCAUCUUCACUACACUCUCGAAGCCGACGACUGGGACCUCGUUGGACGAAUGUGGAUCGCAAACACACAUGUUUGCAACCGCUGGCGAACGAUAUCAAUUGAUAACGCCCAACUCUGGAGAGUGGUUGGCUUGCAUAUAUUGCCACACGAGAAGUUGCUGCCGGCUGUAUUUUCACGAUCCGGUAGUAUGCAGCUGAUGGUAACCGUGGUGGAGGGUUGGAGUGCACAAAGUCUUCGAAUUCUUGGCCACGAUUUUGACAGGGUCAAAUGCCUGGCUAUUGAAGCUGCAUUCCUUGAGCGGAUAACGCGAGAGAAUUCUCAGAUGUCGACCUCCGUUCUACAAUACGUCCACAUCGUUGAGUCCAUACCGGACUGCCUAGGUCGUGGAGGUAGAAAGUGGACUACCGCGCUCCCUCUUUUUCAUACUCUCACCUCCUUGCGUAUCUCUGGUAUCCACGUCAUCACACGGUUCUUGGAGACAGUGGCCGGAGUUACAGUAGACGAUACUCUGGAACUGAGCGACCACACAAUUCUCACUACUCCCUCGCCAAUCAACGCUCGGCCUCAUACCGUCCUACCACAUUUGUCCAGGCUCAGACUUGACGGUCUGGAUCGGUCGAUAACCCCUUCAUAUGCAGACCCCAGCGAUUAUCAUCGCAACGUAGAAGUUAGUGGCGCCAGAGUGGUCGAAUGUGGAGAAGACAUUAUGGAAACUGGCUGCAGUCGGAAUGACGAUGUUGUGAACAGCGUUGAUUUAGAAGAAGAACCAGAGGAUACGGAAGGCGGACACGAGGUAGAAGACGACAGCGACACGACAAAUAAUCUCGCUUUCGCUCUCUUGAUGCAGUUGGGCGCUUUUGUCCGCCAGAGAGAUCGAGCAAAACUCCCCAUCCGUGUACUCCACCUAGAAGCCUGCUCUGCGACGUGCUAUGGGAGUAGUACUAGAACGAGGACGAUGGACACUCUUGGAUAUUCCGUGAAGGAGUAUGUUGAAUGUGUUCGCUGUGGAAACAAAGCAGAAAAAGAUCUACCUGUAACCGAUGCUGGACUAGACUACAUCGUACUGGUUGAUCCUCGGCGCCCAGUGUUCAAGCUGAUAAGACACUUCGCGAAAAGAAUCGGAAUACCUGCCGAGAGAUGCUCCUUGACGCUCGAUCAGGUCAGCGGAGAAGGAAACAAUGUCUUCUUCAACCCGACAGAGACGAUGCACGGAGCGGGGUUCUAUCCUGGAAUCAACCUCUCCUUGACUGUGAUAGAUUUAUUUUCGCUGAAAGUGACGGCAACAUUUUUUCUGCCAUGCGCAGACGAAAUGAUACAGGCGUCGUUCAAGAUGCAUACCCCAGUAGAUAUAAUUCUGGACGUGCUCUGUGAGCAGUACAAACUCGUUCGUGAAGGCGCAAAACUUGUGAAGGGACCUGUUAAGCACAAAGGGAUAGACUUGACAUCCUACACUAUAUAUGCGACGCUUUUUCAUGCUAUGCAUUAUUCGGCGCGAACCCGAUUGAGGGAGUAUACGGAGGCAGUUCAGAUCGCCAGCGACCUCCACCUCGAGUUCGAGCGGCCGCGGAAGAGCCCGUCUCAGUAUGAGUUACCGGCGAAAACGCCGAAUCUGGUGAUACGGGGUGGACGGUGGACGAGAAGCUGUUUUUGUGGUUGA